GCGGAACUCUGGAGACGGGCGAACCCAAGAUCCGUGGAACUGAAGGCAACCGAACCUCGAGAGGAUGGAAUCAGGGCGCGGUAGAACGCAGAGAAUGUGGAACCUUGGAUCGGGCGGAACCUGACAGCGGCGGCCACGGGGCUACCCGGAUCCUAUUCGGAACGGAAGCGCAGUGUCAGCCGCUUCCUGGACGCGGGUCGGCGCGGAGGGCCCGGGCUGUUCCCCGCGAUGUUGCCCUACACGGUGAACUUCAAGGUGUCGGCGCGCACCCUCACCGGGGCCCUAAACGCCCACAACAAGGCGGCAGUGGACUGGGGCUGGCAAGGUUUAAUUGCUUAUGGAUGUCAUUCACUUGUGGUAGUGAUUGAUUCUAAUACGGCCCAAACUCUUCAAGUUUUAGAAAAACAUAAAGCUGAUGUUGUCAAGGUUAAAUGGGCCAGGGAAAACUAUCACCAUAACAUUGGCUCACCGUAUUGCUUGCGCUUAGCUUCUGCUGAUGUCAAUGGGAAGAUCAUUGUUUGGGAUGUAGCGGCAGGAGUAGCUCAGUGUGAAAUCCAAGAGCAUGUGAAACCCAUUCAAGAUGUUCAGUGGUUGUGGAGUCAAGAUGCUUCCCGAGAUUUACUGCUUGCCAUCCACCCGCCAAAUUACAUCGUGCUCUGGAAUGCAGACACUGGCACCAAACUGUGGAAGAAGAGCUAUGCAGACAACAUUCUUUCCUUUUCUUUUGACCCUUUUGAUCCUUCACAUUUGACUUUACUCACCAGCGAGGGUAUUGUUUUCAUCUCAGACUUCUCUCCAUCCAAGCCUCCCUCAGGCCCUGGGAAAAAAGUUUACAUAUCCAGCCCACACUCUAGCCCAGCUCAUAACAAGCUGGCUACAGCCACAGGUGCCAAGAAGGCUCUUAAUAAAGUAAAAAUUUUAAUCACUCAAGAGAAACCUAGUGCUGAAUUCAUAACUCUUAAUGAUUGCCUUCAAUUGGCAUAUCUGCCUUCAAAAAGGAACCACAUGUUGUUACUCUAUCCUCGGGAGAUUUUAAUCCUUGACCUUGAGGUGAAUCAAACAGUGGGUGUGAUUGCAAUAGAACGAACAGGAGUUCCAUUUCUGCAGGUAAUACCCUGCUUUCAGCGUGAUGGUUUAUUUUGUCUACAUGAAAAUGGUUGUAUAACCUUACGUGUUCGAAGAUCUUACAGUAGCAUUUUCACCACUUCAAAUGACGAACCAGAUCUAGAUCCUGUUCAGGAGCUUACCUAUGAUUUACGAAGCCAGUGUGAUGCAAUCAGGGUGACAAAAACUGUCCGUCCCUUCAGUAUGGUGUGCUGUCCUGUCAACGAGAAUUCAGCUGCCCUCAUAGUGAGUGAUGGCAGAGUCAUGAUAUGGGAACUCAAGUCUGCUUUUUGUAAUCGAAGCUCACGGAACAGUAGUUCUGGUGUGUCACCUUUAUAUUCACCAGUGUCUUUCUGUGGAAUUCCUGUAGGAGUGCUACAGAAUAAACUCCCAGACCUUUCCUUAGAUAACAUGAUUGGACAAAGUGCAAUUGCUGGGGAAGAACAUCCCAAAGGCUGCAUUCUGCAGGAAGUGCACCUCAAAUUCCUGCUAACGGGACUGCUUUCAGGACUGCCCUCGCCACAGUUUGCUAUCCGUAUGUGCCCACCGUUGACCACAAAAAACAUCAAGAUGUAUCAGCCACUGCUUGCUGUUGGUACAGGAAAUGGUUCUGUCCUGGUGUACCACCUCACCAGCGGUCUGCUACACAAGGAGUUAAGCAUCCAUUCAUGUGAAGUCAAGGGUAUUGAAUGGACGAGUUUAACCAGCUUUCUUUCUUUUGCUACCUCAACACCAAACAACAUGGGAUUAGUGAGAAAUGAACUUCAACUGGUUGAUCUUCCAACAGGUAGGAGUAUUGCUUUUCGUGGUGAAAGAGGCAAUGAUGAGUCACCCAUCGAAAUGAUUAAAGUAUCUCAUUUGAAGCAGUAUUUAGCAGUUGUAUUCAAAGAUAAACCCUUGGAGUUAUGGGAUGUUAGGACUUGUACCCUUCUUAGAGAAAUGUCCAAAAACUUCCCUGCAAUAACUGCUUUGGAGUGGUCACCAUCUCACAACUUGAAGAGCCUGAGAAAGAAACAACUUGCUACUCGAGAGGCUAUGGCCCGCCAGACUGUAGUCUCGGACACAGAGCUAAGUAUUGUUGAGUCAUCUGUGAUCAGCUUGUUGCAGGAGGCAGAAAGUAAAUCUGAACUCAGUCAGAACAUCUCUGCCCGGGAACAUUUUGUAUUUACUGAUAAUGACGGCCAAGUUUAUCAUCUCACUGUUGAAGGAAACUCAGUGAAGGACAGUGCUCGGAUUCCGCCAGAUGGAAGUAUGGGUAGUAUUACAUGCAUCGCUUGGAAAGGUGAUACAUUGGUACUUGGAGAUAUGGAUGGAAAUUUAAACUUUUGGGAUUUGAAAGGCAGAGUAUCCAGAGGAAUACCUACACACCGAAGUUGGGUGAAGAAGAUCCGUUUUGCUCCUGGUAAAGGAAACCAAAAGUUAAUAGCAAUGUACAAUGAUGGCGCUGAAGUGUGGGAUACUAAAGAGGUUCAGAUGGUGAGCAGUUUAAGAAGUGGCAGAAAUGUGACCUUUCGGAUAUUGGACGUGGACUGGUGUACGUCAGAUAAAGUGAUCUUGGCAUCAGAUGACGGGUGCAUCAGAGUCCUGGAGAUGUCUAUGAAGUCCACAUGUUUUAGAAUGGAUGAGCAAGAGUUAACCGAGCCUGUGUGGUGCCCGUAUCUCCUUGUUCCAAGGGCCGCCCUUGCCUUAAAAGCCUUCUUAUUACACCAGCCUUGGAGUGGACAGUAUUCUUUGGACAUUUCUUGUGUUGAUUAUCCAGAAAACAAAGAAAUAAAGAAUCUCCUUCAGGAGCAGCUGAAUUCACUGUCCAAUGACAUAAAGAAACUCUUGCUUGAUCCAGAAUUCACUCUCCUGCAGAGGUGCCUGCUUGUUUCAAGGCUCUAUGGUGAUGAGUCGGAGCUGCACUUCUGGACUGUCGCUGCCCACUACCUGCACAGCUUGUCCCAGGAAAAGUCAGCAAGCACGACAGCUACCAAAGAAGCUCCUCCUCGGGACAAAUUGAGCAACCCACUAGAUAUAUGUUACGAUGUGCUCUGUGAAAAUGCCUAUUUUCAGAAAUUUCAACUGGAAAGGGUCAAUCUACAGGAAGUAAAACGGUCAACUUAUGAUCAUACAAGGAAAUGUACAGACCAGCUACUACUCUUGGGUCAAACAGACAGAGCUGUGCAGUUGCUAUUGGAAACAAGUGCAGAUAACCAGCAUUAUUAUUGUGAUUCACUGAAAGCCUGUUUGGUCACCACUGUCACCUCAUCAGGCCCCUCUCAGAGCACUAUUAAGUUGGUGGCAACUAAUAUGAUUGCCAAUGGCAAGCUGGCAGAGGGCGUCCAGUUGCUCUGCCUGAUAGAUAAAGCUGCGGACGCCUGCCGCUACCUGCAGACGUACGGCGAGUGGAAUCGGGCAGCGUGGCUCGCGAAGGUCCGUCUAAAUUCUGAAGAGUGCACUGAUGUCCUAAAGCGGUGGGUUGACCACCUUUGUUCUCCACAAGUCAAUCAGAAGUCAAAGGCCCUCCUGGUCCUUCUCUCUCUGGGCUGCUUUUACAGCGUGGCAGAGACGCUGCACAGCAUGAGAUACUUUGAUAGAGCAGCCUUGUUUGUGGAAGCCUGUCUCAAGUACGGUGCCUUUGAGGUCACUGAGGACACAGAGAAACUCACCGCUGCUAUAUUUGCAGAUUAUGCCCGAAGUUUGAAGAACCUCGGUUUUAAACAGGGAGCAGUUCUUUUUGCUUCGAAAGCUGGAGGAGCUGGCAAAGAUUUGUUGAAGGAGCUUGAGUCCCCGAAGAAAGAACCGACCGAAGAGUGACAGGCUAAUAUUGCCAGGGACUCCAACCUCGGAGGCAGGUGGCUGGGGGCACUGGUCUGGCUGUGGUCACCAUCGCAGUCCAGACUGAUGAUGAGGAAGACGGGGUCCUUGUGAGCUUUUCACCACCUUUCUGAAGCCAGACGUGCACAACAGCAUACAGGCGUCUGCAUUAGGAGCAAGUUCUUGUCCUGCAUUGAUCUCAGAGAAAAUAUGACUGCUUCAGAUUGUGAAAGUGCAGAACAUGUUAUACUUUGGGGAAGAGAACAUUAAGAGGAGUCCCUGGAAAUACUUUUAAUUUUUUUGAACUUAAAAUUCAAUAGACUGAAUCACUUUUCUCAUUGACUAAAUUUAAACAUGUUUGAGAAACCUACAGUAAAAGAAAUUUGUGAGACCUAUUCUCAGAUGUGUACUGUGCCUGUGUUUAUAUACAAUCAUUCAAGAUACAAACAGGGCAGAAAUGUUUAACCAUUAAAGAUAGCUUACCAAAGCACUUUUUGUUUUCUCACCAUGAAAACACAGGACUGUUGAUUCCUUGGUUUGAGGCAGUUUCUAAAUGUUGUAAUUUCAGGCUCAUAAGCUCAUAGGGAGGUUCAAGCUUCAUGUUUAGUUCCAGUAGGUGAGCUCUUUGGCAUUUUGGAUUUUAACCCCUUCUGUGAUGCAGAACAGUCACCUCAUUUUUGAAGUCUGUCUUUGUACUUUAAUUUUCUUUGUGGUCUUCUAAUAGCUGAAAUAUAUAAGAUGUAACUAUUAUAAAUUAUUGCUAAGAAUGUAAAUGCCUAUAACUUACUUACAAAAUGAUAAAAUGAAAAUGCCAUCCAG